GAAAAGCUUAAAUAGAUCGAUUUUCGCCAGUCCAUCAAUGCUCUAUAGUCACAGUUACAUCAUUUUCUAGAAUCGACAGAUUUUUGUUACUGGCCCAUAAGGUAAAGAUGACAUCAUUACAUAAUAACGUAGCUGUUCGACAAACAAACAACAGUUUUGCGAGCAAACAGAAAUCAAAAGAACAAAUCAAAAGAAAUGGAUAUUUUGAGCAAGAUUUAGUAUGGACAAAUAUUAUUAUAUAUGUAGUUGCUCAUUGUUUAGCACUUUGGGGAUAUUGGAGAAUGUUUACUGGUAGAAUGACAUGGAAAAUAUAUGCAUAUAUGCAUAUUUUCGGCUACUUAGCUGCCUUCGGAAUCACAUGUGGAGUUCAUCGUCUUUGGUCCCAUAAAGCUUAUAAAGCAAAACUGCCUUUAAGAAUAUUUCUAAUGUUGAUGCAAACAUCUACCCUACAGAAUAAUAUCUACAUUUGGGCCAGAGACCACAGACUACACCACAAAUAUACCGACACUGAUGCUGAUCCCCACAACUCAAACAGAGGAUUCUUUUUCUCCCAUGUGGGAUGGUUGUUAAUGAAAAAGCAUCCAGAAGUUAAACAUAAAGGGAAGACCAUUGACAUGAGCGAUGUUGCAGCCGAUCCCGUAGUAAAAUUUCAGAAAAAGUAUUAUUUGCCCCUGGCCCUAUUUUUAGGAUUGAUUGUUCCAACAGUAUUUUCGAGGUAUAUCCUCGGCGAAUCGUUGAUUGACUCCUGUUUAAAUACACUUAUGAAAAAUAUAUUUUUAUUAAAUGCGACUUGGUCUGUCAACAGUGUUGCUCAUAUCUGGGGAUGGAAGCCCUAUGACAGAACUAUCAAACCAGCCGAAAAUCCAACCGUUUCCAUCCUUACAUGGGGGGAAGGCUGGCAUAACUAUCACCAUACUUUCCCAUGGGACUACAAAGCCGCAGAACUUGGUAACUACCGUAUGAACCCAAGUACCGGAUUUUUGGAUCUCAUGGCGUAUUUAGGACAAGCAUAUGAUCUUAAAACAGCGUCGCCGGAGAUGGUUAGGAAAAGAAUUGCCAGAACAGGAGAUGGAUUAUACAACCAUGGUAAAGUUCCUUUGGAAAAUGGUAAUGCAAAAGUACAAGAAACCUUUCAUGAGGAUUGUGUAUGGGGUUGGGAUGACAAAGAUAUGAAUGAUGAGGACUUAAAAAAUACUACCAUAAUGUUUAAAGGUCACUAGGAGAAAACGUGUAUAUAUUUUUGUAUAGUCAAAACGUAAUUGAAUACGUAAAACGAAAUUUUAAACUUCAAAUAAUAAAAAAAAUUAAUUGUU